AUGAGUAACAAUAAGUCAAAAGCUUCAUGGGAUCGAAGAAAUACUAGAAUCUUUAUUGACAUUUGUUUGGACCAAGCUCGAAAAUCGCAAAGAAAUGGUGGUAGUUUUAUCAAAGCAGGAUGGCUCAGCAUAAUUUCUACCUUCAAUGAGAAGACUGGACAGAAAUAUGACAGACAACAAUUCAAGAAUAAGUGGGAUAAUAUGAGAAAAGAGUGGGUACUGUGGAAUAAGUUAGUUUCAAGUGAGACAGGAUUGGGUUGGGAUUAUGCAAACAAUACUGUGGAUGCUUCAGACGAUUGGUGGGAGAAGAAGAUAUUGGAAAAUCCAUUAUAUGAGAAAUUCAGACAUAAAGGAUUACCAUUUGCCAAUGAAUUAACCGAGUUGUUCCAAGGUACUAUCGCCAAUGGACCUAGAGCAUGGGCACCUUCAAGUGGAGUUUUGCCUAACAUUUACAAUAGGAAUGAAGGUGAGGAUGAAGAGGUGUAUCAGCCUGAUAUGGCAAAUGAGGGUAUUGAUUUGGAGGAAAGUUCAGGAGAUAGUGAUGAGAUCUUAGGAACUACUGGAGUAAGCGGUGAAUUUAAUAGAGUAGUUUUAAAUGCUUCUCAAGGAACCUUAAGUGGAAGCAGUGGUAAAAGGAAGAGGGGCGAAAGCAGUAACGGUAGAAAGAAGAACAAGUUAUCUAGUACAAGUCAAAUAGCAGAUGCAAUGAGUGUGAUAGCUUAG